GGUCUUGGCUCAGUCAGGCUCAGUGCUUGAACAGGAAUUAGGGGGGUUGAUAUUGUUUUGUUUUCAUGAUCUCCAUUCUCUUCAGUAGUUGAACACGAAUACGAAUAUGUUUGUUUUGUUGCCUCUGAAUCAAACUUGUAUUUAAUUAAUUAUUAUAAAUUAAAUUUUGUUUAUAAAUAAAUUAUAAUGUCUUCUGAGGAAGACUUCGAUUAUAUGUCAGAUGCCUUUUUGGAGAGUGUUUGUGGGAAGGAUGACAUACGGCCAGGGCUGAUAAAGGGGCGAGCCCAGCAAUAUGACCACAAGAGGGCCGUGAAGAAAAUAAAAGCUGAUGAAAAAAAUCGUAUUCGCAACCCCUCUAUGAAAGAAAAGGAGUCAGUAAAUAGAGAGGAUGCAUUGAGCAAGCCUUUGGAUAGCGACAAUGUGGGAUUUAAAAUGCUUCAAAAACUCGGUUUCAAACCAGGAACUGGACUUGGUAGAUCAGGAGAAGGUAGAGUAGAACCGAUUUCAGUGGAAGUCAAAUCAGACCGUCAGGGCCUGGGCCGGAAAGCCUCACUAGCAGAAGUAGCAAAGCUGCAGGCCAAGUACAGAGCGGAAGCCAGAGAGAGAAUGCUGAACACAGAUGACUACCGGUCGAGAAAAGCGGAAGAAGCAGCGGAGAAAAUGGCAAAAUUUGAUUUAAUAAAAUGCCAGAGAGUUUGUUGGGAGCUCGAUUCUAAAGAGUAUAUUGAUGAACCUGCAGAGUCGUGGUUUUGGCCGGAAAAAAAACUGCCUACUGAGUGCAAGGAAGAAGAAGAAGGAGGAGAAGAAGAAGAAGAAGUAGAUGAAAAGGACGAGGACCAACAUUAUCCAGUUGGUUCAUCAAAUAAGGAAACAACAUCCGAUUGUGAAGAAGAUUUAGUUGGAAAUGAGCAUGCUGAUGAAGAGGAAGUGGAAUUUUCAGUCCUGGAGAAGUUAGAGAUGUUGACCCUGUACCUACGCAGAACACAUCUCUACUGUGUGUGGUGCGGCCACAGCUUUGAUGAUGAGAAGGAUCUUCAACAGGAGUGUCCAGGACCUGGUAAAGAAGAUCAUUAGUGCAAGCAAUCUUGGACAAAAGUCAUUGCAUUUUGUAUAUACUGUAUUUUUAUUUAUUUUGAUUGUUGUAUAAAAUAUAAAUAUAAAUUAUGA